AUGAGGGGGUUUGCUGGUCAUCAUUGUUCCAUGCUCCCCCCUCUCACACUCCACCCUUCCCCAUUUCUCUCUCCUCCUGCCCUCCCUUCUUCCCGCCAUCACCAGGUGAUGCAGCGCGAGUGGCAGCACUACCUACUGGCCAAAGCUGACCUCAUGAAGGCGAACCUUCCCAGACGGAGGCAUGCGGCAGCUUCCGCUGCUACUGGCGCUGCCGCUGGCAAUGCUAGCAGUAGCGGUGGCAGAGGUAACGGUGGCAACAGCAGCAGCCGGAGUGGAGGAAAUGGCGCUUCUAGAAACGAGAGCGGCAUGGACUCGUUCCAGAGAGAGCAGCUGCUGCUGCUGGCGGCAGCGAAGCAAGUGAGGAGGGAAAUGGAGGAGGAGAGGGGAGGGGAGUUGGUGAUGGCUGGGAGGGAAGAGGAGGAGAGUGGGGGGUUGAGAGGGGAGGUAGCAAGAGGAGGGCGGAUGCAAGGAGGGGCGAGGGGGGAUGGGAGAGUGAGGGGGGAAAGUGGGGGUGCAGGGGCAAGGGGAGGGGGUGGGGGGAGGGGGAGAGGGAGGAGAGGGAGGGGAAAAAGGGGUGCGGCAGCAGCAGGGGGUGGGAGGGGAAUAGAAGCAGACGGGCGGCAUGUGCGACUGGAUCUAGAUUUGGAAGUGGUGGAGAGGGGUGGAGGUGGGUUUGAGGAUGGGAACGAGGUUCAAGAGGUGCAGGGGGGAGCUGACAGGGAGGAAAGGGAGAAUGCGGAGGGAGACGCACGGGAUGGGGGAGGUGACGGGGAGGGGGUGAAAGAGAGGAGAGAGGAGAGGGGAAACGGUAGUGAGGAGGACAAGGGUGGUGAUGAGGGAACAGAGAGGGAGGGGAGUGAGAAGGGAGAGAGGUGGAGAGGGAAGGGGAGAGGGCGAGGGAGAGGAGGGACCAGAGGGAGGAAAAGUGGUAGGGUGUCUGGAGCACGGGGGAGGGGACUGGGAGGAGAGAGUAAGAGGAAACGAGGAGGGAUGGAAGAAAGCUUGCAGGAGCAAGAGCAAGGGGAGGCGGAGGAAGGGGAGGAGGAGCAGGAGGAAGGGGCUAGAUUGGCCAGCAUUGGCAAUAAUGACAAGGAUGGUGAUGAUGAUAGUGAUAGUGAUACUGAUGUGGUUCUUAUAGAGGAAGUUGAGGCAAUAGUGGGGGACGUUGCGGCAUUAGUGGGGGCCGGCGCACCGCGCAACCCCACCCCACAUCCCGUCCCCCCACACCCCGACUCCUCCGUCUCCCUCCCCGCCCGCAUCCGCCUCGAGUUUGUCCCACCAUCGGCCAAUGGGAGGCUGCCAGCUGUGCACCUGUGCACUCUGGAGGGCGCAUCCCACGUGCUGGAGCGGCUACAGCCGGGCGUGGUGGUGGUCUAUGAUCCCGACAUAGAGCUCGUUCGCCAGAUCGAAGUAUUUCACGCCGCCCGGGCGAGGGCUUGGGCAGGUGCGGCGGGCAGGGAAGAAAGUGGGGCGGCUGCUUCGGAAGCUGCCCAGGAGGGAGAAGGUGGUUCAGAGGGGGGAAGGGGGGAUGGCGUGUGUGGAGUCAGGGGGAGAAUAAAAGAGCCUGGCGAAGGGGGAUCAGUCAUGGGUGCUGCUGCUGCUGCUAGUGCUGCUGGUGCUAGUACUGCUGUCCCUGCACGGUCACAGCAGCAGCCUCCCCUGAGGGUGCUCUUCCUGUUCCACGAGGGGUCCACGGAGGGCCACAAGUUUGAGGCGAGCGUGCGGCGCGAGAACGGGGCGUUCGAGCAGCUCAUCAGACAAAAGGCGGUUAUGACCAUCCCGGCAGAGCAGGUGCGUGGGUGGUUUCUUGCACUGCCUACCAGCAGCAACACAGCAGCCGACCACGUGCGCCCCCUUCCUCCGCUUCUCCCCAACAUACACGUGGCUCUGGCUUACCUCUCUCCUCUCUCUGGCUUACCUCUCUCCUCUCUCUGCCUUACCUCUCUCCUCUCUCUGGCUUACCUCUCUCCUCUCUCUGGCUUACCUCUCUCCUCUCUCUGGCUUACCUCUCUCCUCUCUCUGGCUUACCUCUCUCCUCUCUCUGGCUUACCUCUCUCCUCUCUCUUGCUUCCUCUCAUCCUCAUUCAUCUCGACGGCCGGUCUACCACAGACUACACGCAUAUGGCCUUGCCUCCUCCGCCUCUCACGCACCCACCUGUGUUCUCUGACAUGAUUCUUUCCUCUCUCUUGCUCAUUCUCAUUCUCUAUCAGGACGGCCGGUCUACCACAGACUACACGCAUAUGGCCUUGCCUCCUCCGCCUCUCACGCACCCACCUGUGUUCUCUGACAUGAUUCUUUCCUCUCUCUUGCUCAUUCUCAUUCUCUAUCAGGACGGCCGGUCUACCACAGACUACACGCAUAUGGCCUUGCCUCCUCCGCCUCUCACGCACCCACCUGUGUUCUCUGACAUGAUUCUUUCCUCUCUCUUGCUCAUUCUCAUUCUCUAUCAGGACGGCCGGUCUACCACAGACUACACGCAUAUGGCCUUGCCUCCUCCGCCUCUCACGCACCCACCUGUGUUCUCUGACAUGAUUCUUUCCUCUCUCUUGCUCAUUCUCAUUCUCUAUCAGGACGGCCGGUCUACCACAGACUACACGCAUAUGGCCUUGCCUCCUCCGCCUCUCACCCACCCGGCUGCUGCGAACGCUAUCACAAGAAGAGGAGGAGGGCGGAGAGCUGCAGAGCGACAAGAAUUGAGGGUGGUGGUGGACAUGAGGGAGUUCAACAGCAGCCUCCCCUGCGUGCUGCACCAGCGGGGCAUCAAGAUCCUCCCGGUGACCCUCGAAGUGGGCGACUACAUCCUCUCGCCCGACAUCUGUGUGGAGCGCAAGAGCGUCAGCGACCUGUUUGCCUCCUUUGCGUCGGGGCGCCUGCACCACCAGGCGGAGACCAUGUGCCGCUACUACCGCCUGCCAGUGCUGCUGAUCGAGUUCUCCAGUGACAAGAGCUUCUCUUUGCAGGUAAGAAGGGAUUGUUCACAACCAGACUCUUUUCCUCUUUUUUGCUCGGGUCGGCUGCACCGCCAGGCGGAGGCCAUGUGCUGUUACUACCGCCUGCCUGUACUGGUCAUUGAGUUUUCCAGCGACAAGAGCUUCUCUUUGCAGUCAGCGAGUGACAUCAGCGAUGACAUCACCCCAUCCAGCAUCAUAUCCAAGAUGUCGCUACUCGCGCUGCACUUCCCGCGCCUGCGGAUCGUGUGGUCCAGAUCGCUCCAUGCGACAGCUGAGAUCUUCACGUCGUUGAAGACCAAUCAGGACGAGCCAAGUGUCGACCAGGCGAUGAGGGUCGGCGUGCCGACGGAGGAUGGGCUGGUGGAGGGUGACACGAGGUAG